GAGAAAAAUGGAAACACAUUUACAGCCAGAAGGUCCAGCAUCUGAACAACUUUUAUCAACCAUAAAGAAAGGUUCUGAGAAACAUAUUGAAGUGGAACUGCGCAAAUUUCUGGCUAAAUGGACACCCGACUUUCAUAGUACCAUCGGAGACUUAGUAAAAGGACUUCUCGGAAGAUGUAAAGCAGAACCGUCCUUUUAUCCCCGGAACUGUCUCAUGCAGCUCAUCCAAACCCGUGUGCUUUCCUACAGCUUAUGCCCCGGAUUAAUGGAGAUUGCCUUAGAACAAACAGAUGUGCAGAUGUUACAGCUCUGUCUACAGCAGUUCCCUGACAUUCCUGAGUCAGUCACCUGUGCUUGCUUAAAAGUUUUCUUGAGUGAUACUGUACAAGAUGAGAAAAUGGAAGAGCAAACUAAAAUCCUUCAAAAUGGCUUCAAACGGGAAGACAGCAGCUGCAGCACCUGUAAUCAGGAGUUAAAUAAAAAGCCCCAAGGAGCAGCAAAUGCGACCACCUCAUGCCCUGUGACCCCAAAGAGAGCAGCUCUGCUAAAUGCAAUUCUUCACUCAGCAUACAGCGAGACAUUUCUUCUGCCACACUUGAAGGACAUCCCUGCCAAACACAUCACGCUAUUUCUCCAGUAUCUUUAUUUCCUGUAUCUGAAGUGCAGUGGAAAUGCUCCCAUGACUCUUCCUGGAAUACAUCCUCCAACCCUGAGCCAGGUCAGGUCACUUUCUUCUGUGUCUGUUCACAACUGUGAUUUCCUCCAUCUAUCUUUCAGGGGGAGUAAGAGAGCCUGGGGAUCACCUGCCUUGUCAUGCACACACCACUAGAUGUGGAAGGGGAGAGGG